AUGGACGGGGGACGGGGUGGGGGGAAUCUGGGACCGGCCGUGGCCAGCGGAGGAGAGCUUCUGGAAGAGCAUCUGGCCUGCGCCGAAAGGGGCUCCCCUCUCUUCCCCUACCCACCCACCACACACACCCCAUCUCUCCCCCCCCCCACUAUGGCUGCUGGGGCUGGCCAAUCCCCUCGGCUUCCUGGACCCCCACGACGGAAGAGCCUGGCUCUCCUGAACAAAGCAAUAAGCAGCAUUUCCCUGAGCAGCAGCCGUGACUCCCCUUUCUGCCCCCCAGCUACCUCCACACAGGCAUCGUGGGGUUGGCCUAGAGGACCCUUUGGGGUCCCUGCAGCGGGUCCAGGGCCUUCGCCCUCUCUGCAUACAGAAAAGGAGGGCGCUGGCUCUUUCUCUCUCCAUCUCACGCCAGAGCGCCUCUUAGCGCCCCCCGACAUGCCGGCUCCUCUGCUGCCACUCCUCCACACCCCCAGUCUACUGGCCUCCCAUCUGUGCCUGUUGGCUCGGGGGUCUUCCGCUUCCAGCACUUGGCUGCUGUUCAGGGAAGGAGAGCCCCCCUCAGCUGAGAUCAGAGGCGCUGCCCGUCCCCCGGGGUGGAGCUGCCUCCAUCUCCCUUACUGA